AUGCUCUUCUCUUUGUUAACCUACUAUAUAUUGUCGUGGAUAACCACAUGCUUGGCCCAGAAGUUCCCUUCGCCUUCGGGUAGCUUUCCUCCCGCAGAAGCCCGAGAAAAGAAGCCUGUUGUCUCAUAUGACGCUCCUAGUAUUCACCAAUUUAACAGCACACCAUUCAAGGACUGGGAUAAUUUCACCCAGACCGUUAUAGACGAAUCUGCGGGAGUCACCUUUGAAGAGAUCAACUCUCUAAAUGAUAUAAUCAGACCGAAGAUGGAUCUAAUAACGAAGGAGAACUUCUUUAGGAUCUUUAGACUUGAUUUGUACAAGCAGUGUCCGUUUUGGACAGGGACUGAAGGUUUCUGUAUGCAUAGAAGUUGCGCCGUGGAUACUAUAGAUGACUGGAAGGAUUUGCCCGAGAUUUGGCAGCCCGAGGCUCUUGGUGCGUUGGAAAACGUGUCACGUGUUCCUGAGAGUAACAAGGCAAGUAAGGAUUAUUGCGAAAUAGACGAGAUCAAUGAGGAUACCGUCUACGUAGAUCUAGUGGAGAAUCCAGAGAGAUUUACUGGUUAUGGAGGAGAUCAGUCAUUCCAGAUUUGGAAGUCUAUCUAUUCGGAGAACUGCUUCAACUUGGGUCAAGAUCAAUGUAUGGAGAAGAACUUCUUUUAUAGGAUGAUCAGUGGAAUGCAUGCAUCAAUCUCUACUCAUCUUUCGAAUCAGUAUUUGGACUUAAAGACGAAACAGUAUGGUCCAAACUUGAAACAGUUCAUGUUCCGAGUGGGUAAUUUCCCUGACAGAAUCGAGAACAUCUACUUGAACUAUAUCUUAGUACUUAAGGCACUCAUCAAGUUGGAAAGUUUGGGGAUUUUGGACAAUUUCGAGUUUUCUAACCAAGAUCAGCUUAGAGAUGAGCUUAGAGACAUGAUUAUGCCUUCAUAUCAGCUAGGAGACAACACGGAAGAGUGCUUGUUCGAUGAGAAUAGUCUCUUCCAAAGCUCCGAUGCUGUGGAGGUGAAGGACGAAUUCAAGCAGAACUUUAGAAACGUCUCGAGAAUUAUGGAUUGCGUUCAUUGCGAUAGAUGUCGGUUAUGGGGCAAAGUUCAAACCACCGGUUAUGGAACCGCUUUGAAAGUUUUGUUCGACCUUCACAAUGCUAAGGAGAUUCGGGAGCCUUCUCGAUAUGAGAUCUCCAAUGUUGAGUUAAUAGCCCUAGUCAAUACCUUUGAUAGGCUGUCGAGAAGUGUUGAGUCGAUCAAGAACUUCCAUACUUUAUACGACCUAGCAAUCGAAAAAGAAGAGAGAGGUGCUUCUAUCUCCUCUGUCCUACCUGUUUCAUCUUCAUCUGACGUCGUCGACUUCACCAAUCGUGAUGUUUUUGAAGCUGUAGGUAAAGGUGACCUACCAAUCGAAAAAGAAGAGACCUCCUUUGAAGCUGCAGAUGAAGGUCACUUCGACGAUAUCGUCUAUCAUACAAGGCGCGGCAAUACUGUAAAAGAAGCUUUCUACACCGAGCUAUACAAAGUUGGGGACGCCCUUAAGUUGAUAUUCACCGCAUACAAAGUGUUUCCCAAGAUCGUCUACAACUGGUGUCUCAUUCGUUUAGUUUACUACUGGAACAAGUUUGUGGGUCACGUGCAGCAAGAUUUCGAUAUAAAUAGAUUAUAUCAUGAGGAGUUUUGA